AGUUUCCAGCUAGAAUGGAAUGACAGAGAGUCUGGAAGGGGGUUCGUCGGGGCCUCAGUAUACAGUGCCUGGUAUACUCCACUACUUGCAGCACGAGUUCACCACCUAUGAGGUUGAUCGGAUACGCUGGGAGGAUGAGCGCGCAGCUCUCAAGGCCCAGAUAUCGUUCCUGCAAGGAGAAAGGGAAGGUCACCAGAACAUGAUGCAGUGUCUAGUAAAACGUAUCAAGAUGUUAGAAAACGCUCUAAGACAAGAGAGGUUAGGCAAAAGCGAAGGUCCGAAGGUUAACGGAGAAAUGGGUUGUUCCGAAAUGUUCGGUGAGGACGAAGUUGACGGAUACCUCGAUCCACCCAAACCCCCUGUUAACGAGCAAGUCAAGAAAGGUCGCCUACUUUUGAAACAAUACUUGACCGAAGUAGGAUCAACAGAGCAGCUGUUGAAUGCCCGAACUGCCCGACUGCAGAUAAUGCAGAGUUUAGCAAACAGCGAUAUGAUGCCCACAUUCCAUAAAGCGCCCGUAACCGAUCAGAGUACCAGUCCAGGGCCUGACGACAGACUUAUAGACAGGACCAGGAAUAAUAACCAAGUUUCAGAUUACUCGGGCAGCAAGAGGAUGAUGUACCACGAACAGAAUGAUACGAAUGUAGUGACGAUAAUUGAUGAUGAAGAGGACAGCAGUGAUGACGAAAAGGAGGGUGAUAGUCAAGCGGAGGAUGCGUUGCGUGCAUUCGACUUCAUGGACGAUGAGGAGGAGGAUGAAGAUGAUGACGAAGAUCAGGAUAUGGAGGACGAUGGAGACGAUGAAGACGAUCCAUCUAGUUUUAGCAAUCAGAUGUUGAACCACAAAGACUCGUCGAUACCCCGUGGAAUGAAGGGUUUGAGUUCGUGGAACAACUAUGACAGUCUCGAUAUGUACAGUCGGAAUGGAAAACGCUUCAACAGGAAGGGACCUAAUAUGAGGAUAAACUAUGACGACGAAGAGCCUUCGCCGAUCCCCAACCAGUUGCCCAAAGGAACGGACAACAUACCCUCUGGACUCAAGGUGUCUACUAAAAGCAACAAGGACUUCAAGGACAUCGACUUUCUACAAACAAAGGAACAGAAAGCAGAUAACAACGACGAUAGCCUGUUCUCACAGAUGAGUUUGGGGGAGUUGGCAGGGAUUCAAGUCUCGGACAUGGAGUCAUCUUACGAUAACUUCUCUCUAAACCAAAGCAACAAGUUCUGGUGGCAGUUAAAAUGCUCGAUGAGGGCACACUUUGACAGUGUCAGGCAGCUUACCUUUAGUCCUGAUAGACCCCUACUCUUCACUGCUUCUGAUGAUUGUACUCUUAGGAUGUGGGACGUAGAGGCUCUCAACCUCUACAAAAAAGGAGGCCCGGAUGUUGAGCCACUCUACACGUUCCGAGGGCACAGCGCACCGGUACUCUGCUGCUCUUGUGCAAACUCCGAGAACGAGAUCCUCCUAUUCUCGGGAAGUGCCGACUCGACUGUUAGGUACUGGAGACUUCCUGCCGGAGCGGAUAUCAACAUCUACGAUCCUUACGGCAAAUCAACCACGAGACGGCACCAAUCAACCAUUUCAUCCUCAUCAAAUUCAAUUAGCUCUGAGGAAUGUGAGGAUAGUGAGAGUCAACAUGAAUCAGAUACAGAAAAAGAGAGUAAUUCGGAUAACUCAGAGAAGGGAAUUAGUUCAUUAGACUCUAGUAAUAACAUGAUGCGAUCGCUAUCACUCUCAUCUGUUGUACUUGUAGAUAAUGUUCUUGAAGAAGUCAAUAAAACUGAUCUGGAGUCAAAUGAAAUAGAUUCUAAUGAUCAGCCUCAAUCAGAAGAUUCAUCACAAUCAAUCAUCAUCUUGUCCCCAAAUCACUCUGUCAGAAGAUUGUAUCUGUAUCCACUUGCUCAAGAUGGAUUGGUAGAAGAAGGAGAGUUGAGAGGACACGAGGAGGCAGUGUGGGGGAUCACAUCACACCCAACAUCCCUACAAACGGUAUCAUGUGGUGCUGACGGGAUCACAUGUGUCUGGGACAUCAGUCUCCCCAAUCCUCUGGUAACCACCUUCACGUCCGAGGACGGUGCUCCUGCUACCUGUGUCGACUAUGUCAGGUCGGACCCGGAAAGCUCUAUGAUCGCGGUGGGAUACGUAUCGUCAGUGAUAAUCAUAUAUAACAUUCCUGAAACCCGGAUAUUAUCUACCUUGACCUGCGAGCCCGGGGCUACAAAUGAAAGUGUGAACAGUCUGGCUAGUCACCCUUCAAAUGGGACGGUCAUUGCGGGGUACAGCGACAAGGAGAUCCGCAUAUUUGACGUUAACAGUGGCGAGUUGCUGCAUCACAUGACGACACACAUCGAGGCGGUGACAUCUGUAACGAUCGACCCCAGUGGGGUGUACCUAGCGACCGUGGGACACGACUGUUCGCUGAGAAUAUGGAACAUUGAGGAUAAGUCCUGUACUCAGGAGAUGACCGCUCAUCAGAAAAAGUUCGAUGAAGCCAUCCUGACUGUAGCGUUCCAUCCUUCCCAAACCUUCAUAGCCACGGGUGGCUCGGACUCUACGAUAAAACUCUACCAAUGAUUCUCAACACUUGCUCUACUAAGCAUCGCGUGAUUAGUCACGUCAGAGUAGAUGACGUCACGUGAGAUAAUUUGAUGACGUCACGUGGCAGUGAUGACGUCACGUUAUAGAGAAGUCGAGACAAGAUGCGCGCAGCAGCUCACUUCAGCUCGGGACACAUUUGCGCGUUGUUGCAACCGAGCCCAAAGCUAGGAGCGUAGUUACAAUUGUUGGUGUGGUCGAAUCACGGGGACAUAACUAGUUGUGUGAGUGUGUGUGAUGAAUUGAUAUAUACAAACUCUGCGUCAUGGUCGUGGUCUUACUCCCUGAAAUUACGCAAGGAGACAUUUAGUUGAUAGAUAUAUAAUAGUGAUAAUUAAGUCACGUGUGUCCGCACGUGCUGUUAUAUUAUAGUUUACUUAUUGCCGGUAAUAAGGUCUGUGAUAUUUUGUGGACCCGGGCCCGCUUUUGGAACCAUGAUACAUAUUAAAUCCAUUUGGAUCAGUUUGAACUUUGUUUGAAGUUCGGCUCUCAAAAAGUACCAUUUACUCUGCGCCAUGAGUGACGGUGUGCUUUAGAAUUACUAGUACAUACAUAUUACAUAUUGUCCGUUAAUAUUUGACCGAUAGUGUGAUCUUUAAAAUGUGAUGAAGGUAGAACUAGAUAUUGUGAGCCCCCUGAAUUUUUAUGUACCCUAUUCUAUUUAGUUACUGUCACUCAUUUGAUAGGUAUGAGAUCGUCGAACUGUGUUUUGCGAUAAUUUUAAAGUGGCACCGGCGAAGAUGCCCAAAUUUGAGUCAGUUUAUUGGAUUUUCGCUAAUUUUGUCUUGUGAUCGCCCUUUAUCUCAAAUCAAUUACUUAAUCAAGAAUUAUUUCGUACAAAUAUUAAGUGAUUUAAAUCUAUCUAGCACACGUGGGGAUCAAGCUAAGCAAUUGAGAGGGUAGGCACCAAAUUUGUUUACAGACUUGGGUGAAAUAUUUUAGUUUAUAAAUAAGUGUGCUAUAACUGCAUUUUUGAGGUUAAAAAGUUUUCUAAUCACUUUAAACUUAGUGUACCCAGUAGUAAUGUUUUUGAUAUUCUGUAUCGCACUCGUUAUAGUGACAAACCACCUAAUUGAUGCGAUGUAUUUGGUCAGCUCAGUAGUGUGAUAUUCCAUAAAAUUAUAUAUGGUUAGUGUUUUUUUUUUCAAUUUUAGUAAAAACGAUAACGUUAACUCGUCUACCGAUUUACCGAGCGUAUGACGCUCAGAUGGGAUUUCUGAUUAUUGCAGAUGAAAAUAAUCUCAACUUAUUGAAGUUUUAGCUUAAACUUAAACUUAGUAAAGCUGAGAGUAAAACUAGGAAAAGGGCCCUUAAGACUUAUAUGAUAAGUUCAUUUUCCUUUUUGCUUUUUUAUGUUUUAUAAGACGUCUUUUUAGAAGUAAUAGGACUUUUUAAAAGCCUCCCAAGUCUACAGCGUACCCGCACUAAAUCGGACGCAAAUUCAUCAAGAGUAAUAAUUAACAUAAUAACCAUUUGGUCCUCUCAACUUUUCGAAACUUAAUUAUGUAAUUUUAGUCAAAUACUGCUAAAAUGUUUGAAUUGGGUACCUUGAGAUUAGCAUCUAAUUAUAUGCGCUAAUAUGCUCCUGAUAUAUUACCCUUAGUUACCAUGACGUUAGUGUACAUUUGUAACAUACAAUUUACAAUUUAAA